AAUGGCGGAUGGUGAAAAAAUUGAAGUACGUGAUAUUACACGAAUCGAACGUAUCGGAGCACAUUCUCAUAUUCGCGGUCUCGGUCUCGAUGAUGUCUUGGAAGCCAGAGCUGUUUCACAGGGUAUGGUGGGUCAAAAAGAUGCCCGCCGUGCUGCUGGUGUUGUUGUACAAAUGGUGAGAGAAGGAAAAAUUGCUGGCCGUUGCAUCCUGUUGGCUGGUGAACCCAGUACGGGAAAGACAGCUAUUGCUGUGGGUAUGGCCCAAGCAUUGGGUACGGAGACCCCGUUUACUAGUAUGUCGGGAUCUGAAAUCUAUUCAUUGGAAAUGAGCAAAACAGAGGCAUUGUCACAGGCUUUACGAAAAAGUAUUGGGGUGAGAAUCAAGGAAGAGACAGAAAUUAUCGAAGGUGAAGUGGUGGAAAUACAAAUCGAUAGGCCAGCAACAGGAACGGGACAAAAAAUUGGAAAGGUAACCUUGAAAACAACUGAAAUGGAAACCAAUUAUGAUUUGGGUAACAAAAUCAUUGAAUGCUUUAUCAAAGAAAAAAUUCAAGCUGGAGAUGUUAUAACCAUUGAUAAGGCAUCGGGCAAGGUAUCGAAAUUGGGACGUAGUUUUACACGUGCUCGUGAUUACGACGCCACCGGAGCACAGACCCGCUUUGUCCAGUGUCCCGAGGGUGAACUGCAAAAGCGGAAAGAAGUUGUUCACACUGUAACACUGCACGAAAUCGAUGUCAUCAACAGCCGUACCCAUGGUUUCUUGGCACUAUUUUCCGGUGACACUGGUGAAAUUAAACAAGAAGUUCGCGAUCAAAUCAAUAACAAAGUAUUGGAAUGGCGUGAAGAGGGUAAAGCUGAAAUUAAUCCCGGUGUCUUGUUCAUUGAUGAGGUCCAUAUGUUGGACAUUGAGUGCUUCUCAUUCUUGAAUCGUGCCCUCGAAUCCGAUAUGGCUCCCGUUGUGGUAAUGGCUACAAAUCGUGGCAUUACACGUAUACGUGGUACAAAUUAUCGCAGUCCCCAUGGUAUACCAAUUGAUUUACUCGAUCGUAUGAUUAUCAUACGUACCGUACCAUAUUCGGAGAAGGAAAUGAAAGAAAUUCUCAAAAUACGUUGUGAAGAAGAAGAUUGCCUUAUGCAUCCGGAUGCAUUGACAAUUUUAACAAAAAUAGCCACCGACACCAGUUUACGUUAUGCCAUACAAUUGAUAACAACAGCAAAUUUGGUGUGCCGGCGACGUAAAGCCACCGAAGUCACCACGGAAGAUGUAAAGAAAGUCUAUUCGCUAUUUUUGGAUGAGAAUCGUUCAAGUCAGAUAUUAAAGGAGUUCCAGGAUGAGUAUAUGUUCAAUGAGAUUGAAGAGGAAAUUGGUGAUACAAUACAGCCGAAAGAGGAAGUUGGUGCUGGCGGAGACGGUCAACCAAUGGAACAUUAA